AUGAAUGUUUUUCCUAUUCCUAUUACCACAACUCCCACUGCCUGCACUCAGUACUCAGACGAAAUCAAUCCCAUUGCGGGCGGCUCGUCGGGGCGUGCCCGCUCCCACGCCCACGAAAGCAAACUGCAAGGAGCACUUAAGCCGCCUCGACUCGAGACAAAACUCCGCGUUGCAGCCUCUUCAACUCUGCAACAAAUGAAGCUCUGCAGCGUGUUGCUUCUCAUCCUCCUCUUUGAGACACUCGAGACUUCCAGGGUCGAAAUGGCCAAGUUUGUUUUCGACUUUGUCAGAUUUUACAACUUUAGACAAGUUUAUUUACUGAAUGCAGAGCGGGCGGCCGCAACGAACGCCUCCCGCGCCCUCCCUGGACUCUCGUGGGCGGCGAGGGCGUUCCUCUUCCUCGCCGCGCAGCCCGAAGGUCCUUUCGUGUCCAUCCUCGACGUCGGCGCCUUGGCCCGCGAGGACCCGGAGGGCUCCAAGGACUCAGGAGUCAACCCGCUGAAGGCCCCUGGCGAAGGGCUGCUGGUGUUCCUGAUGGAGACGGAGGAGGAUGGACUAGAAUUCGGAAAGGUGUUCCACGGGGAAGCCCGGCGGUCAGAGUGGCUGCUUCUUGCUGGUCCCGCUUUCCCGCACCUGUUGAUGGGCACUUAUCUGCCAAUUAACAGCAAGGUGCGGAUAGCCAGCACUGAGGACUUACAAGCCUAUCUCCUGUGGGAGGCUUACCAAGUGAGCGAGUCGCAGGACCUGAGGCUGGUGAGGACCGGGCAGUGGCAGCAACACGACGCUGGCGGUCCCUUUGCGCGCAGUAGCUCUGACGAAGGAGAGACGGGGCACGGACGUGUGUUUUCCGGUUCCUCUGAUGGGGGAGCGAGGCAGGGAAACAUGACGGAGACUUUUGCGAGAAGCGAUUCUGCUGAAGACCUGAAUUACCAGCACGGGGACGCAGCUGAAACCUCGGAAUAUCAAAGUCAACCUAACAUUAUGGAAUUAAGGACAGUGAUUGAUGCUCGCGCCAAUCCUGGAACUAUUGCACCUCGCUUCGACUUCUACAGCUCUGAUUCGCUGUACAACCAUGGCAGCACUGCGUUUCGAAUACAAAUGAACACGUUAACGGAGCUCAGUCACAGCAGAGGAUCCAAUGACAGUGAUACCCGCAGAAGUCGAUCACAACGCAGUCACAACACGGCCAAAGAGCGAGCGAAUACAAGCGGCGCUCGAGCGCAACCCAACUCUAACCAUGAAGCCGAACCGCAACCCGACCUCAGCAACUCGCUCUCUCAAACGGCCUUCCUCAAGCGAAACAAACCGCAGCAAACCCCCCCCGACGCCGCACCGCCAAACAAGCAAAUCAUUCUCGCAAACCGAAGAUUCCAAAAGAGAAACAAAAUCGACCCGGAGUCGAUAACACGAGCCGUAAAUAUAACUGAGUUGCCAGAGGGAAGAAGAGUAACAAAAAUGAUGCGGUUUGGGUCUCUGGAAGCCCCGGUCGACGACCCCCUGCAGCGCCGAGGGGACCUGACCGGACUCCACUUGCGGUGCACCAUUAUUGAGAAACCCUGUUCCUGCUGCGACCUUUCAUCCCGAAUUCCCGCGUCCGAUUCCCAGCAAGCGCCGAUGGCUAUGCUGGAGACGAAGCCCGACGGAUCCGUGGCGGUGAGGGGCGUCUUGGGGGACCUGCUCGCCGCCCUCCGGGAAGUGACCAACCUCACGUGA